GAGGAACGGACGGCAUGAUACGCAGAGUGAGGAUGGACUGUACUUUUUGGCUGGUUGAUGAUAUUGAAUAAUCCCUUGAGCGAGGGAUUACCACUUUCUUCCUUCCCUCUGUCUUAAUAAUGAAUCGGCGAUGAGGGUGGGAAGUUGAGUGGGUCGGCCAUUAGUUAGCAUAGUCCUGCGUAUGUUCCCCUCUCCUCCGCCUUUCUCGCUUGAUGCAUAAUACGACCGCCGGCCCAAGAACUCUUUGCGGAAGAUAUUAAUCCCAUGUCAGCUAUUUUUAUUUGCUAUUAUUAGUCUCUUUGCGAACUAACCAGAAUGCAUGUGGGGAAACUGACCAAUUUUUCUUUCUUUCUUUUCUUUCUGUGUUUUUUUUUUUUUUUUUUUUUCUUUCCGUGCCGCCCCCGGCUAUUUUCUUAUCUGAUCUUACCCGUCCUUCCGGUUUAUCUGAUCUGGUCUUUCGAUCUUCUCCAUCCUUCGACGACGGUCACAAACGGCGAGGGAAGAAGCGAGGGGUCUUUUUAUUUCUUAUUUUUUAUUUUUUCCCUUUUUCCUUCAUCUUCUUUGAAAUUUCAUAUGGAGAGAUAGACGUUGGGUUUGUGUGUAUGUCCCGCUAAAACACUCAUUCCUCACUUCUACAGCUUUUUUUGCAUGGAUAUAUUUAUCUCCCUUUCUAUCCCUUUCCAACACCCCCUGAAAACCGCUAUGAUUCCUUAAUAUGAUGCUCUUCAGCCUACUGCACCUCUCAUAAUUUUACCGGAAUCUUUGCGAUUAGGAGAAGCGUCUGCAGCUAGACUACCCCUGCAAAACUACAAAUCUAUCACAUAUGCGGGAGUAAUAGGGGAAUAGACGGAAUCAUGCACCCACAACGAUUCCUCACCCCUCUCCUCAUAUUCCUGGCAUCUGGGUUCUCGCUGGCUUCAGAGAUAGAGUCUACUCGCUGCAUCCUUUCCAUUGCCGAAGCCGUAUCCCGCCUCUCUUUUACAGGGUCACUAUCUACUCCCCGGCAAAUAGAUACAUGUACCAACAGGCUGCGCACUUACUCCAUAUACGCUGCGGCGACGCUGUACUGCUCAUCAACGGAAAUCAGAGACGGACUGAAGGUCCUCGAUUAUGAUUGUGAAAAGGAUGGGUUGUAUAGGAUUCCGUAUGAAACUGUUCGGCCAGAGUUGACGGAGCGGUAUCUACGUGGUUUGCGAGUGGUGGAGUAUGGCGAAGUAUCGAGCGUGGAAUUGGAUGAGGUAGUAGUGGUGUCGUACGAUUGGUAUGAGAGGGUGGUCAGGACGAAUCGGGCUUGGGCCUUUGAAAUGUGGGCACAUCAUGCCUUUGGGGUUUUUUCUUAUUGGUUCUGGGGUAUUGUACUCCUAUCCGGUAUCCUGAAUCGGCUCUUCAUACACUUUUCUGGCCUCCAGCGGCGCGGUAUAAAAUACGACGCCGAAGGUCAUCCUUUGAAUAUCGGUUCUAGAAACUCUCUCCUAUUUUCCCCUCUCAGACGGUUGCGGCACUGGGUGAGGGCCUACUUCAUCAUCCCUGCGGCUUUCGGAACUCACCAUCAACGGUUGUUUUACUGGUGCUCCAUUCCAACACGUAUCGAAGCAAUUGUGAUAGUCCUGUUUUACAUCUUCAGUCUCGUCCUCACCUGUGUUGGACAUGAUGUGUUUAGAGGGAAUCUAUUCUGGGACGAUAUAUUCUCCCAAAUAUUUCGAUAUGUAUCGGAUAGAACUGGCAUAAUGUCGUAUGCAAACCUGUGUCUUCUCUGGCUUUUCGGCUCCCGCAACAAUCCAUUUCUGUGGGCAACCGGCUGGAGUUUCGCGACGUUUAAUCUUUUCCAUCGAGCGAUUGCAAGGGUGGCUACGAUCCAGGCUAUCGUUCAUUCGAUUGGAUACACGGUGCUCACAUUGCAAGCGAACGGAUCGUAUUUCUUAUAUUGGCCCAAUCCAUGGUGGUAUAUGGGCGUCGUUGGGACUGUAUGCAUGUCAUUGCUCCUUGUAUUUUCAUCGAUCUGGUUACGGCGGAAUUAUUAUGAAAUCUUCCUCAUCAUUCAUAUCACCUUCUCACUUAUUAUUAUUAUCGGACUAUUCAUACACACAAGCAUCUUCGCAGGCGAGUUCAAUCUAUACGAUAGGUACCUUUGGCCGGUGGUUGUUAUUUGGAGUUUGGACAGAUUUGCCCGCCUUGCGAGAUUACUUUCAUGCAAUAUCCACCUACGGCUUAACAAAAAAUCGAUUACCUACUCAACGAGUGUGGUAUCAUACAGCGAAGCGUCUGACAUUAUCAAACUGGAAAUCAUACCUGGAUCUCGGCAUCUGCAGCCUAAACCGGGCCAUCAUUAUUAUAUCUAUCAACCAUUACGAUGGACAGGAUAUGAAAGUCAUCCGUUCACCGUUGGCAGUUGGUCAGCCAUAGGUAAUGAAUGUGAACACCUUCCUUCCUCUGAGGCCAGCGAUUUUUCUUCGGCUAGCACAGCGGUACAAUCCGAAACUAGUACACCAAGGGCACCCAAGAGGGCCACCACGAGUGAUCUCACAGACGCAAAAUACAAACUUGUAUUCUGGAUCCGACCUUUCGACGGCUGGACCAAGCGUCUCCGAUCUGAUUGCCUCAAAUCACCCAAACAGACUUUAACGACGAGUUUUCUAAUAGAAGGACCAUAUUAUGGCCCAAUCGAACUCCAUACAUUCGAAAAUGUCAUUCUCAUCGCCGGCGGCACUGGCAUCGCAGCUGCCCUCCCACAUAUCGAGGAGCAUUUACGGCGCACAGAAACAAAAUCCCACCAUAAUAAUAAGUUCAUUGCACCAUCAUCGCCGUGCUCCUCUUCAACAGCUCUUCACGCGCCGGAGAUCUCCACAGAUCCUCCGCGCACGAGAACGAACAACAUAUCAUUCGUCUGGACCACACGGCAAGAGGCGUUUAUUCAUGAGUUGGCGGCUCGCGAACUAGGCCCGGCGCUCGGGAGAGGGGACAUAACUACUCAAUUCUACUGCACGUCAUUGCAACCGCGCUCAAAAUCGCAAUCAAUUGGCGGCCCCACCUGCAGCAGAGACCUGCAACUCGAGCAAGAUACGAUGGAUGACCGCACCGCGCUCCUAUCAUCCGUUGACGGUAUAUAUAACCAGGCCGUUACAUAUGGUAACCAUGGCCAUACGUUCCCGAUUGAUAUCCAUCCCAGAAGGCCGGAUAUAAGAAAUAUCAUCACGAGAAGUGUGCAGGAAAUUGGCAAUCGUGGGGAUUGUCCUAGAAGCGUUGCAGGGAGGACGGCGAUUUUGGUCUGUGGACCGGCGGAGAUGGCGGACGAAGCUCGUGUAGCUGUUCAUGAGGUUUUGAAGAAGGGGUAUAGGGGAGUAGAGUACUUUGAAGAAUCGUUUGGAUGGUGAGUGAGGAGUGUAUAUAUCCUCUGAUGUCUUUUUUGUUCAUGUGCAAAUGUUUUGGGUGGGUUAUGGGCGGCAUGGUUUUUUCUCUACUUUUAUUCUUGGAUGUUUUUAUUUUGGGCGAAAUAUACUAUAAUGAAAUGACUGGUUCUAAGGACCUACUGCCUAUGAUUAGACGGUUAACUUAUAUAUAUUAGUUUUGUAUAGAGUUUGAAUAUAUAGAUGAAUAGACACGCAAAUUUAGAACCGUAGAAGAGAGUUCCUGAACAUAGGAAUGAUUUAACCUUUUCAUUUAGAGAUAAAGCCCUAUGUAGGAAAUUUUCAUCUCUUUCUUCUCUCAAAUGGACUAAAUAUCCCACGCUCGUCCUGAUGCCAGAAGUAUUAAAUAGGAGUCAGAAAAGUUGCAAAGGGGUUGUUUGUCUUGUUGUGUCUGUUUGCAC